UAGCCACUGCCUCGAACGACUGCGCGUGUUGUCUUCGACUCGUGUAGCACUAGCAAUUAGUCAACAUUAAUUGGAUUGCAUUUAAUGCAUAUCCAUAUUAUACGGUAAAGUGAAUUGUAAUCUAAUCGACACCGACACGUUAUUAGCACACAUCAUCAGCGCAACGAGCACAUGGCAAUUAUAUUGCUUGGCUUGGUUACCUAUGCCACGAAUAUACCCGCCAAUGGGCUGUACUUUCUAAGCUAUGAGAUCAUGACGGACGAGUACAAGCGUCGCUUUAAUCGGCCAAAUGUUGAUCUGAUUCCGGCUAUUAUCGCAGGUGGCAUGGCUGGCAUAUUUUACUGGAUUGGCGGUAUGCCGGCCGAUGUGCUGAAAAGUCGUUUACAGUCUGCUCCCGAUGGUACUUUUGAUGGCAUAAGGGCAGUUUUUAAAGAUCUAAGGAAAAAUGAUGGCAUCUCAGCACUAUAUCGUGGGUUUACACCCGUUAUACUUCGUGCGUUUCCGGCCAAUGCGGCGACCUUCUUUGGAAUUGAGCUAGCCAAUGCAAUCUUUCGUCAAGUCGCACCAAAUUUUUAAGAUGUUUUACACCUCUUUUAGUAGCAAUCAUUUUUAAAUUAAACUU